GAAAUGGCGGCUGUGCAGUUGUUGCUUAAUAUUAUUUUUAUGUUAUGUUAAGUUAUUUGUCGCAAUUUAAAAUAACUGAACAAGGCGUUUCACACAUUUUGUUUUGUGUGGCGUUUCUCCCAGACUUUUUAUUGAAAACUUUUAAGACUUGAUCAGAACUGUAUAAAGUGCUUGUGGUUUACAAAUAGAAAUUGAUAUAACUUUGAAUUCUACAAGUUUUCUUGUAUAAAGCCAUCAAGCUUUUCUUCUGUGUAUUGCUACGCGCUGUCAUUUGCAAUUUGUUGGUGCUGUUUGAGUGAGUUAAGCACACGGGAGUGAUAAUUGCGCUGUUUAGUCGGAUGAAGGGCAUCCGGUAACCGAUUAGUAUGGACAGUUUCACGCAGAUGGAGCGGGUCAAGUUUACGCCGGUAGAUCCAGUGGAUGAAGGUCAGGGGGUUUUCUUCAAGGACGUCGCAUGUCUUCAGGAGACGAAGCAGGAGAUGGAAUUUGUCGAAUUGAAGGCACCGGAUCGGCUGGGGCAAGGGUUCCUAAAGGUGCUCUACCUCUGGGUUCACCUGAGUGUGUUGGCGAAGGCGGUGGCCAUCCAGGCGCAGGUUCCAUUCCUCAACAUGAACUGAUCGGAAUGUAUCGAAAUGAUUGGCGUCCUAGGAGCAGCUCGACCCGCAUGCGGAUUCCGUGCAUAACCUACAUUGACGAGGUGGACGCCACUGGACGGCAACGCGACGGUGGAUGUAGCUUCGGCGGAUGUGUUAUUCGAACAAAUAAAUACCUUUGAAAUGCAAGCAUAUGUUUUUUAUUUGGUUAUUUCGAAAUUCAAGUUGUCCACCACCGAUGGCGAUCUUUUUGCAGCUAAGAAAACACGCAUGCGCUGCGACCUCGCCUGGUGCGAUUUGAUCUUGAUGAAAGCCAUGAUAAAACAUUUUGGAUCUGAUUAUAGACGUUAUAAAACUUUUAUAAAUCUCGUAAGUCUUGUCAAGUUUUGAGCCACUCUUGUUCAAGAAGGAAUGGAUUUGAAAUAGAUUUGAAC